CAUUAUAUAUUGAUCAAUAGCCUAAGAAAGAUAGCAAAUUGGCAACUCAAUUUCACAUAUUCAACCUUAAAAGUUAACACACUUUUCUUCUCUUGUAAAGAAGAAAAAAAUGGAAAUCUCUGCAUUGAACACCAAAUUUCAUAACCAUGCUCGUUCUAAUAGUUUACCUUCAAAGCCACACCCUAUUAUUCUACAAUGCAAUGAACACUUAGCUAGAUUAGGAGGUGAAAAUUCUUAUUCCACUUCCUCCUCUAUAGUCCUUAGCCAAAAACUAAACACCCUUCAAGAUUUGCAUAUUUGCAUUGAAAAAUUGAUUCAAUUGCCUCUAACACAAGAAGCACUUGUAAAGGAAAGCCAAGAGAAAUGGGUUGAUGAGCUCUUGGAAGGUUCCUUAAGGCUUCUAGAUACAUGCACAGCAACGAAAGACGCGCUACUUCACACAAAAGAGUGGGCGCGCGAGCUACAAUCGAUUAUAAGACGAAGGAGAGGAGGUGAAAGUGAGGUUGUAGUAGAGGUUAAGAAAUUUUUGACUUCAAGGAAAGUUGUGAGAAAGGCCAUUUUCAAAGCAUUGGAAAAUUUGAAAGGUAGUGCAAAUAAAUGCAGUCUUUCUAUCACAAACAAAGACUAUCAAACUGUGGCAAUAGUUAGUUUGUUGAAAGAAGUUGAAAUGAUAACUUUCACUAUAUUUGAGUCAUUGUUGAAUUUUAUGUGUGGAACACAAUCAAAAAGAAGUAGUUGGUCUUUGGUUUCAAAGCUUAUGCAUAACAAAAGGGUAUCUAAUUCACAAAGUGAAGAUGAGAAUGAGUUUGCAAAAGUGGACAGUGCUUUGCAGUUCUUUGCAUUUAACUUGGCAAGCAAAUCAAAUGACAUUGAUAAUUUGCAAAAUAAAUUGGUGAAUUUAGGAUCAUGCAUACAAGACCUUGAAGAAGGACUUGAAUCAUUGUUUAGGCGUUUGAUUAAAAUCAGAGUUGCCCUUCUCAACAUCCUUAAUCACUAGUUGUUGAAUGAACCAGAAGAUGCUUCAGAAUUUUGCAACAUGUAGCAUCUUGUUUGUUUAAUACAAUUGUAGAUAAUGUGUUAUGUACCUGUUAUUUUUAUGGUAAAAAGUUCAUGAAAUGACAGGAAUGCAUAAUUGUAAAUUUUUUAUUUAAAAGUCUUGACCAUUUUGCAAUCU